UUCGUCACGUCCUACGUAAAAUUAAUAUUUUUGGGAACUGAAUGUGUCAUAAGGUUUUUAAAAAAAAAUUCUCUGUUCGCCAAAAACAGUGCAAAAAAUUACACAAGUGAAACAUUAACCAAAUAGGCUAAAUUUUCGUAGAUGCUAAAGCCAUCCAGGCGACCAUUAGCCACAAGACAAGGUCGACCACAAAAUCGCCAAGGAAUAUCAUCUAGUAACACCUCGAUGGGACUGGACUUCGCGUUGGAUGGAAAGAACGGAGAUCAGGCAGAGGAAAAGAGUAGCUAUGCCAGCCUCUCCAGGCAGAAUUCCAAGGUACAGGAUACAGGAAGUGCCAGCAGUUUGGGCUUCGGGGAGCACUGUAGUCCCAGCAUAUCGAAGUUGCCCAAGAACAGCAGGGAAGGCAAGGAGGUCAAUUUGAUCAUGAGUGAUGGAGAACCGGAGGAUUACCGAAAGGCUCAGGUCUCGAAGAGGAAGUUGCCGAACUCGGAAGCCAUUGGCAGCAAACUGAAGGAGGAGCUCAGCAAGUACAAGCAGGAGCUCAAGGACUACAACGAAAGCACCAAGGAUCUGGAGGAGAAGUACAUGAAAAUCAACAACGAGCUGUGCGAAAUGCAGCAGAAGCACAAACAGUUCGUGUCCAGCCGGAAGCAAGCCUCGCAAAUGGAUUUGGGAAGUGAGGCCGAUCCAGAUGGUUUCUAUAGCUCUGCCAGUAGUGCCACCUCGCAAAUGACCAUCCGCCGGAAGAGUCCCCAAAUCCUGCGCAGCAAUACCAGUUUCAUGACAGUUCUAUCUGUGCACAGUUCCUGUGACGAAAUCGAUACGAAGAAAUAUGCAUCCGAAAGGAAGCACCAUCAACACAAAGGCGAUCCUCCAUCACAGAUAAACAGCGUUUUUGACAGCCGUAUUGUGGAAACACUUGCGAACCGGCACGUGAAGCGAAGGAAAAGUGCCUUUGAGCAGGACGACCGCGAGAGGGAGCCCGCUUCCUUCAAGGACGUCUACAAUGUGCUGAAGGACGUGAUCAACACCACACAGGACCACAAGUACAAGCACGAACGGGAUCGGGGAAUCAGAGAAAGAGACAGGGACAGGGAAUCUGGAGAGCUAGGCCAGCUCCUGACCACCAUCAAGGGCCUGAAGAGCGAGCAAGUCCAGUUUCGUACGCUCAUUCGGCAGCAGCAGGAGCGGAUUGCCGACUACCACACGCGGUGUGUGAAGGCCCAGGACAUCAUGAGCACCCAGAAGCAGGAGAUCGAGAAGCUGCACGUGAAUAACAAGCAGCUGGAGUCGAGCAUUUACCACGACAUAGACAGUCUGCGAUCGAAGAUAGACACCAAACUGAAGAGCGUCUCCCAUUUGCCAAAGAUGAUGCGGGACGAGCACUCCAAGUACGAGACGGUAAUGCGGGAAAAUUGUCUGCUGGCGGAUAAACUCCAUGCCCUCCAACAGGAAGCCAUGCAGCUGAAGGUCAAGAUCGAUGAACUGGGCCGCCGAAAGCUGGUCACCAUCAACAGGCUGAAGGCGGCCGAACGGGAUCUGAAGAUCUUCAAGAACUACAACUCGGCCUUGAAGACCGAGAAGCGCAAACUGACCCAGGAGCUGUCCUCCAUGAAGGAUCAGCUGGAGCAGCUGCAGACGAGCAGUAAGCGACAACUUUGCCGCCAUCGCGAGCAGAGCGAAAAGCAGCGCAGAGAUCUGCAGAAGAAGAUCUACGACCUCGAACUGAAGCUGAGUAGGAGCCAAAACUCCACGUCCAGUUUGAUCCAGGAACGGGAUAGUCUGAUAGCUGAGCUGCAGACGCAGCUCCACACCCUGGUCCACAACUUCGAGGUCUCGCAGAAGCACAUUAGGGUUCUACGCCGGCACAUCUACUCCAUGACGAAUCACGGUGCUGCGGGCAUCGGUUGCAGUGGCAGUGGGUCGGCUGGCAUCGCCCACUUGACAUCAGGUGGUUCCCAUCGACCCAGUCUGAUCAGGAUCAAUCAGCUGGACAGCAGGGGCUCCGGCAACGGGCGAUUUGGUGCUCCCCGAACGCUGAAGGCCACGAUCUAAGCCGGGAUCUGGUCUGUACACCCCCAGGCACCAGAUGGGGCUCAUCAGCUGUCCAGGCAACUUGAAGGCACUGUUCCCAGCACUUGGACUAUGCCAUCAAGUUGCCUGGACAUUAUCAGCCCUUAAGAAGACACCAAUUAUUUCACUCCAAUGAUUAUGUAAACUCGUCAGCAUUUUUAAA